AGUUGCAGUUGGGCGGCGAUCGUGGUAGUUGGGACAGUGCAGCUUUUGGGAGUGGCUCCCCUUUUUGCAAUAAAUAUCUUGGACAUACGGGCUCCGCAGCCGAAAGCGUCCCAUCUCUCUUAGGGUCGAGGGUCUCCGAAUCUCUCAAAAUGGCCGGCAGUCGAGAUUGCGCUAAGGAGCAGCUGAAGCGCUGGCAAGAGCAGCGGGGCUCCCAGGAAUGCGAUUGCUUAACCACAGGAGCAGGAAUCCCAGUGGGAGACAAGCUGAAUGUCCUGACCGUUGGUCCAAGAGGUCCACUCCUGGUUCAGGAUGUGGUUUUCACCGAUGAGAUGGCACACUUUGACCGAGAGAGGAUUCCCGAGAGAGUUGUCCAUGCCAAAGGAGCUGGAGCAUUUGGCUUUUUUGAAGUGACUCAUGAUAUCACCAAAUUCUGCAAAGCAAAGAUAUUUGAGCACAUAGGCAAAAGAACGCCAAUGGCUAUUCGAUUUUCAACUGUUGCUGGAGAAUCGGGCUCAGCUGACACAGUGCGUGACCCUCGAGGUUUUGCAAUGAAAUUCUACACUGAAGAUGGAAAUUGGGAUCUUGUAGGGAACAACACUCCCAUCUUCUUCAUUAGAGAUGCAAUACUGUUUCCAUCUUUUAUCCAUAGUCAAAAGAGGAAUCCACAGACACAUCUGAAAGAUGCAGACAUGGUAUGGGACUUUUGGAGUCUUCGCCCUGAGUCUUUGCACCAGGUAUCAUUCCUGUUCAGCGAUCGUGGCAUUCCAGAUGGGCACCGUCACAUGAAUGGCUAUGGGUCACAUACAUUUAAGCUAGUCAAUGCUUAUGGCAAUGAAAUAUACUGCAAAUUCCAUGUAAAGACUGAUCAAGGAAUUAAAAACCUCCCUGUCAAAGAAGCAGAAAGAUUAGCUUCUGAAGAUCCGGAUUAUGGCCUGCGUGAUCUUUACAAUGCAAUUGCUAAUGGAAAUUUCCCCUCUUGGACUUUCUAUAUUCAAGUUAUGACAUUUGAACAAGCUGAGAACUUUCCAUUUAAUCCUUUUGAUCUAACGAAGAUUUGGCCUCACAAAGAUUAUCCUCUCAUUCCUGUGGGAAAAAUUGUCUUAAACCGAAAUCCCGUCAAUUAUUUUGCUGAAGUGGAACAAAUGGCUUUUGACCCAAGCAACAUGCCCCCAGGGGUUGAACCUAGCCCCGAUAAAAUGUUACAGGGUCGUCUUUUCUCGUAUCCAGAUACGCACAGACACCGCCUGGGGCCCAACUACCUUCAAAUUCCUGUAAAUUGUCCAUACCGAGCUAGAGUGGCUAACUACCAGAGAGAUGGAUUUAUGUGCAUAUCUGAUAACCAGGGUGGUGCCCCAAACUAUUACCCAAAUAGCUUUACUGGCCCUGAGGAACAGCCCACUUUGAAGGAGAGCCGAACAACUACAUCAGGCGAUAUACAGCGCUUUAAUAGUUCAGUUGAGGAUAACGUCUCUCAAGUACGGGACUUCUUUGUCAAAGUACUGAAUGAGGAAGAGCGCAUGAGACUUUGCGAAAAUAUUGCUGGCCAUCUUAAGGACGCUCAGAUUUUUGUCCAGAAGAAAGCUGUGAAAAACUUUAUGGAUGUUCAUCCUGAUUAUGGUGCAGGCAUUCAAGCCCAUCUGGAUAGACACAAUGCUAAAGGGCAAAGAAAGGAUCAAAUUCAUACUUAUACACAAACUUCUGGAAAGGAGAAAUCUCAGCUGUAAAUGGCAUGUGAUUACCAGUCACAUUGGAAAUCUUCACCUGAAAUCCCUCCAACUGGAAAAUGAGCUUUGAAAAGCUUUACGUAUAAUGGAAUUAUACAUGCUAUUAUCCUGUGCUAUUAACUGCAAUAUAUAACCAAGUGCAAUUCUAUUUUAACAACAAAUUGAAUUAACUAUAUAGAUUAUUAAUUUGGAAUCUAUCCUGAUGAUAUCUUUGAAAUAUUAUGUCUGAAAUACAAGAAGAAUAACUUUGUGUUUAAUUUCGCUUAUUAACAUGUUUUAUUCUUGUGAUUGAUUUUUUUCAUUUAUUUACCCAUAGAACAGACAUUGCUGUGAUUGAUAUCUUUUAUUGGUAGUGCUGGUCUUAACAGUAUGACAAAUCCUUUUCAAAUGGAUAGUAAAAAUAAAAAAAAACAAUUUUUAAAACUGCACAUGAAUGUCAAUCUUUUAACAGCAAAUCUCCUCAUAGUACAUUUUAAAACUAUUAUAAAGUACUUGAGGGAGAAUUAUGUUUAAAUGUGAAAUUUACCAGUGUUAUGAAAGCUCUAUAAAUAAUAGUAUUAUGUUCCAAGCUGUUAGUUGCAAUAAAAAAGCAUUCCAAUUUGAAGAUCCUUUAAGAAAAACAAUAUACCGUAGAUGAUUUAUGCUGAAUCUGUGAUGAUGAUAAUAAACAUGAAAUGGCAUGUCUGAAAUAGUAUAACAAUUUUGUGCUUAUUUUGCCUAUCAAAACAUGAUUUGUAUUGUUAUAACAAAUCUCACAUUUAUUCUUUUAAAGAAUAUACAUGUCUUUUUCCUUUUAUUGGUAAUCCUGACAGUACUAUAAGAAGUAAAUAAAACAUUACUAAAUAGAUAUUAACAAUUAAAGCAAUUUUAAAUAAAUAUACAUUAUAUAUGAAUGUUUUUAACAGAAAAUCUGCGUUCAUAUGGUACCCUUAAGAAUUGUUAAAAUAACUUGGUGGAUUAUGUUAAGGGGAUAUUUUAUUUGUUCUUGGACUAAAUGUUUCUUUUGUUGGUUCAGGAUGGAUCUCAACAGCAGACUUUUGAAAUAAAAAUAAAUAAAUUUUUACAAUGCUCAUUCUACAAUAAAAUUCUCAUAAAAUAUC